AUCAAUAAUUUUCGAACGAGUGUCAGCUUGCAGCUUCCGCUGGUCAAAAAUUCAAAAAAUUAUUCUUGUUCUUUAUGUAUUUUCUUUUGUAAAGUAUGGUAAAUCACAACAUUUAAGAGACAAGAAGAGUGAGAGAAUUUUUCAACCUCACAAAAUGGUUAGCCUUGGAAAUGAAAAUGGAAGAAGAGGAAAUGGGGCAUAUUUUUUUGAUCUUGAGUCAUCCAUUACUGCACCUGAUCACGAGGAGCUCCUUCAAGACCAGACUGUUCUGAGUGCUGAUCUCGACCCACCAUUCCGCAAAAUAAACACAACAUGGGCGAUUGUGAUGCAACUUAUCUUAAUGAUCUGUCUUGGAGUGGCAGCGGGUGUUCUACCAGAAGUCUGUACAGAAAGGUUGUGUGGCAUGUCUCCAUACUCCUAUGUUAUAUAUGCACAUGCAGUUAUGUGGUUCAUUAUUGUGCUCCUUGAUAGAUACUUAAGAUUACAACACUACUAUUCAAGAACAAAUGGAUACUUAGAAUUUUAUAGAAAAACUAGACGCAUACGGAGAGUGCCUUUCAUGGUGUUAUCUGGGGGAAAUGCAAUGUUAGUGGUUGUAUUAAAAGUACUUGAAGACUAUUGUCCUAUGAAACACAUUGACCCUCGCCAAAGCUGCCCGGGAUUGCCUCUUUCUCGCAGCAAUUACAUACAAGUACUUGUCAGUAUAGAAGUGAUCAUAUCUACAGUGUGUUUAAUUAUUUAUCUAGUGCAAACAGUUCGUUUUAAUUCUCACGCGCAUGCCCCAGAUGUUCACCAAGAUGAAAUGAUGACAAGUUUCUUACAGUCACAGAACAAUACAUCUGAUAUUGGAUUUAGGGAUGAAGAAUAUUUGGAUCAAGUGCUAGAAAAACAGGCAGAUAUGAUAAGGUACCUGAAGCAACACAAUGCUCACCUGGGGCAAAAGAUAAUGAAGUUGACCCAGCAACUGAACACAAAAACUAGGAACGAUAGCAAUGGCAGAUAGUCACAUACAUAUUUGGGAAAAUAGCUUUAUUUGUAUUUAUUGUUCAUAAUUUGGUACCUUUCAUGAUAUGAUUGUUAGAAGAUACAACAUGUGUUUUUGGCAAUGAUAAGCAAUUACUAGCAAGAAAUUUCCAGUUUUCUACUUUAUCAGAUUGCUUUUUGAUUUCAGUUUUAUAUAGCAUUUCCAGUUUAAAUCCAUUCUCAUGAUUAC